AUGGCGACCGCAGUGGGCCAGGAGACAACGAGCCAUUUGGGCAAGUCGCGUCGAUUGCCUUUCUACUUCUUUGACCUGCCCCAACUGCUCGCUCUCGAGCUCGCGCAUCCCUCACCACCCGCUGUCCUCUGCCGCUGCAUCCCCUCCCCCUCUAACUCUCGCCCAUCGUCGCUGCCAUUGCCUGCCGGCUUUCAUGCACCGCCGCCGCCGCCCCGCGGUUCGCGUUCAACGCCUCGACCAGUCCAGUGCGCCUUUCACAAUGAUUUCCGCGUUGAGGAUGCUACGUGCCCCGACGCUGAGAUAGAGGUGAGCGAUGACGUGCAGUAUAAGCAUGUUUUACUCUACACACGUCUGAACAACCGUGUCGUCGACUUGAGGAUGCAAACGAACCAGGCCGUAUUCAAGCUGCGGCAUGCCAUCAGCCACCUGUUCCACGAAUACCUCGACGAGCGGGGCUUCACCGAGAUCCACAGUCCCAAACUGCAGGGCACGGCGACGGUAUCCGGUGCGACGGUCUUCGAGGUGGGAGACUUCAAAGGUAUGGCCUUCCUCGCGCAAUGGCCGCAGCUCAUGAAGCAGAUGGCGAUCGCGGCAGACUUCGAGCGUGUGUACAAAAUCGGGCCCAUCUGCCGCACGGAGGACUCGAACACGCACCGGCACAUGAUCGAAUUCACCGGACUCGAUCUCGAGAUGGCCAUCCAGGAGCACUAUCACAAGGUCAUGGAGAUGCUCGACAGGCUAUCCUCGCGGAGGGAGUUCAAGUGGCGCGAGGGCCCUGAGGGCAUGCUCAGGCUCUCGUUCAAGGAGGCGGUCGACCUCUUGGUGGAGGACGGUGUACCAAGAGACGCGUUGGACGAUAUCAAGUGUCACCAAAUUGAGAAGCGCCUGGGAAGGAUCGUCCGCGCGAAGUACGACACCGACUACUACAUCAUAGUUAAAUUCUCCAUGGCACUCCGGCCCUUCUAUAUCAUGCCUGACCCCGACGACCCGACGCUCUCAAACUCGUACGACUUCUUCAUACGCGGGGAGGAGAUCCUCUCCGGGGCACAGCGGAUCCACGACGUGACACUGCUCGCGGAGAAGAUGCGCUCGAGGGGCCUCGACCCCGCAUCGAUAAGCUACUACCUCUACGCAUUCAAGAUGGGCUGCUCGCCAAAUGUCGGUGGCAGCAUCGGCCUCGAGUGCAUGCUCAUGCUCUUCCUCAGGCUCAACAACAUCCGCUGCACGUCGCUCUUCCCGAGGGACAGCGGCUCGACCCGUAGACAGUAG